UGCCUUUUAAGGGGUACGGUCUCCAAGUCCUGCGAGUUCACAUGCAGCAGCCAAAACACUGAACAGGAUAAACAAAGAACACCGAAAAGACAGAGGAAAAAACAAAGCAAGAAUAAUACUAAUGUUAUUCUCACUCUAGUAUAAAGGGCCUCUUUUGGGAGCAGUCGCAAAGUGUGAGAAUGGGUAAGAGUAAGUGAACUUUGUCUACUCUAAGGUCUAGACAAAAUGAUAGAGGUUUAGAGUAGAUGGAUGGCCAUAGCAGCACUUCUGACCACUUCAACUCUGCUGGAAGUAUUUGGAAUUGAUGUUGCAAGUUCCACGUUUGUAAGUAGCAUAGGGAGAGGAGACAGCCUCCACGCUAAGAGGUCUGUGUCUUUUAGAGCAUCUAAACUGCAACUAUAUUGUGGUUUUGUUGCUUUGUGAACCCAUUUCUAGACAAUACAUGCAAUGUCUGGCAAAAUGACUGUGUAUGUGUGAGCAGGAAACAGAGACGGUUUCAGAGCGAGAAAGGGAGGGAGAAACAGAGCGGUAUUGUAUAUGCGUAUGAGAGAAGAGAGUUAGUUAGAGGGAAAGAGAGAGGGUAACCGUUUGUGCCUGGGAGAGAGGGAACGAAGGAGAGAGACCAUAUAUGUACUGUAUGUCUAUAUGUGAGUAUUUGAAAUGGGUGGAUGCAUAUGUCUGUGUGAGACAGAAGGAGAGGAGGGAGAGAACGUAUAUCCUCUGGCCCUUGGCGAGUGUGCGUGAGGCUGAAUGGGAGCCAGGAAAAGGGGAAGGGCCUCGUGUCCGCCGACAAAAACAGCUGCCUGAGAGUACGCAGGAAAACAGUGUCUGGUAGAGUAUAGGGAGCAGGGGACAGGGAAAGAGAGGACAGGAGAGAAAGAGAGCACCUGGGCCCACAUCUCUAUAUGGGUUGCGCCCUGAGUGCGGAGCCUUGCUGUGGGGAGGAAGCGGAGCCUGUGCCCUUAGUGAGAGGGUCACUGAAGCGCCGAGGUCCAGAGAGAUCCAACAGCGUCAAGAUGAAGCUGACCAAGACGGGCAAGGAAGAGCCCCAUGUCUUCAAGGAGAAGACCUUUAGGAAGAGGCGUCAGUGUGGGGUGUGUCGUCAGAGUGUGGACAGCACAGGGUCCUUCUGUCGAGUGUGUAAAACAGCCACUCACAAGAAAUGCGAGGCAAAGGUGACCACAGCAUGCAUCCCAGCUCCAUCUGAUCUGCAGCGCAGAGGGACAGCUCCAUCCCGACACGUCCAACACCUGGGUUCCACAAAGUCUCUGACUUACACCAAACAGAGGACCACCCUCCCCAGGAGUUUCAGUGUGGACCGUGUGAUGGAAAGAGUCAUGGAGGGCCACUAUGACUUUGACCUGACCUACAUCACUGAGAGGAUCAUCUCCGUGUUCUUCCCCCCUCUGCUGGACGAGCAGCGCUACCGUCUCAACCUCAAGGAGGUGACUGCCAUGCUCAGGUCCAAGCACCAGGACAAGUUCCUGCUCUUCAAUCUCUCUGAACGACGCCAUGACAUCACCCGCAUGAAUCCAAAGGUCCAUGACUUCGGCUGGCCUGACCUCCAUGCCCCUCCCCUGGACAAGAUCUGUGCCAUGUGUAAGGCCAUGGAGACCUGGCUGACCUCCGACCCCCAGCAUGUGGUAGUCUUGCACUGCAAGGGCAACAAGGGCAAGACAGGAGUGAUUAUUGCAGCCUACAUGCACUACAGCAAGAUCUCUGCAGGGGCAGACCAGGCCCUUAGCACACUGGCCAUGAGGAAGUUCUGUGAGGAUAAAGUCUCGUCCUCCCUCCAACCGUCCCAAAACAGGUAUAUCUACUACUUUGGGGGGCUCCUCUCUGGGGCGAUCAAGAUGAACAGCAACCCACUGUUCCUCCACCAGGUCCUCAUCCCCACACUCCCUAACUUCCAGGGCGAAGGAGGUUACUUUCCCUUCCUGAAGAUCUACCAGUCCAUGCAGCUGGUCUACACCUCAGGGAUAUAUGACUUGCAGGGUUCCGGGGGCCGAAGACUGUGUGUGACCAUUGAGCCUGCAUUGCUGCUGAAGGGAGACAUCAUGGUGAAGUGUUACCACAGACGGGCCCAGAGUGCAGAGAGGGACACAGUGUUCAGACUGCAGUUCCACACCUGCACCAUCCACGGGGCACAGCUGUGGUUCGGCAAGGGGGAGCUGGAUGAGGCCUGUACUGAUGAACGAUUUCCCUCGGAUGCAACUGUAGAGUUUGUCUUUUCCUCUGGACCAGAGAAGAUCAAAGGGCGUGAGUACCAGAGGAAUGACCCUGCUGUCACAGUGGACUACAACACAGCUGACCCAGUGGUGCGCUGGGACUCCUAUGAGAACUUCAACCAGCGCUACCAGGACAGUCUAGAAGACAUAGCUCACACCAGGGGUCCAGUGGAUGGCAGUCUGUACGCCCAGAUAAAGAAACGUCGUUCAGGCCCAGGUUCAGGCUCCCUGACCUCCACCAAUGGGAGUCCAGCAGGCACCAGUGAGGAGAGGCCGAGUCCGAACCAGCUCCUCUCCCCUAGCUCUGACUCUCUCAAUCACUCCGGCCUCACUAGCCACUCCGGCCACUCUUCCCACUCUACGGCCCACCCAGAGCAUCCAGAAGAGCCCAGAAGGCCCCCGCCCCCCACUCGGCAGGAGAGGGAGGAGCUGGAGCGCUUGCUGGGGGGCAUCGAGGGGGAAAUGGACGACCGAGACAGGGAGAGGGAGACUGCCAUCCUGGAUGACGGGGACUCGUCCUCUCCCUCUGAGCGUACAGGUACCCUGAGGCUGGGCCGCUCCUGUUCCUGCCGGGUGGGCUACCGCUCCCAGCACUGUGCCGAGCCCGGUUGUGACCGACUCCACCUCAUGCCCAACAGCUACUGCCUGGACAGAGCCCCGGGCACCAAUGGUCAUCCUGGGGCACCGCCCUCGGCUAACCCUGCCACCGCCCCCUCACACAUGGACCUGUGCCAGCACUACAGUCCGCACCCUCACCCGGCCCUGCCUCCCCCUGACCUGGUGUGGGACCGCCAGCAGGGCCCGCCACAUUACCUGCACCGCUCCUGCUCUGAGGGACCCUCUCAUCACCCCUCUCUGUGCCCCUAUCCAUCCCAGGAGCUGACCCCUCACCCCCACUCCCACACCCUUCCUCCCGGGCGCCUGCUCUGUAGAAGUGAUGACUAUGGUCCGUACCAUCACCCUCCCUCACACACCCAUCACCACCCUCACCACACCAAGUCCUCCGGCCCCUACCACGACAUGCUGCUGCUGGACGGUCUGCCGCCCCCUGGCUGCCCCUGCCGGGACUGCCUCAUCAGGAGGGAGGACUCAGCCUUCCGCGGUCUGCGGCUGGAGCGAGGAGAGAGCUUCCACUGGGACAGAGAGGCAGAGCUGCAGCAUCGUGAAGCAGGGCUGAGGAGGGGGAGGGAGUCUGAGCUGCCCAGGGGGGUAGAGAUGCACUGGGAGAGGGAGGCAGUGGGACUGAGAAGAGGCAGGGAGAUGUCACUGCAUUGGGACAGGGAGGCAGAGCUCCAAUGGGAGAGAGAGAGAGAGGCAGACUAUUGGCACAGGAGGGCCACAGUGUCUUCCUAUGGGCCCCAGGGACACGAGCUCCCUGCCUUCACUUUUGACCCCCUGCCGUCAGGCCACCCUGCGUACCCAGAGCCGUCUCGCUCCCACGCCCACUCCCACCUGGAUCUGAAGUACAGCAGCAGCAGCAGUGGCUACCAGACCCCCCACCAGGCCUACCCCUGCUCCCCCUACCAGCCUUCCCCCUCUGAAAGUAGGGGCUAUGCCUCAGGCUACCAGUCUGAGUCUACCUCCCCUCUGCCCCCUCCUUCCACCCUGUCAGGCCCCUGCAGCCACACCACAGGGCCAGCAGACCACCACCCUGAAGCCCACCCUCAGCAGUACCUCUCCGACAGCCAGACAGAUGGAAGGGGGAUGAGUGAGAAUGUGGGUUGGAGAGACCACAUCUCCCAGGGUUCCUUCAAGAGGAUGCAUCGAGAUGUCCAUGUCCCGUGUUCCACGCCUUAUGACCACUCUGAGCCACCCACUCCUGUUCAUACCAGCAGCCCUCUGCGCACACAAGAAAGGCCCAGUCAAGGUGUACAAGGGAAUGAAGUUCGAUCGACUGACAUAGUCAACAGUGACUUUGAAUCUGCCCAGUCCCAGGAUAGGCCCGAUAGUACUGCUGCUCAAGUAUCUCAGCUCAACCAGCAACACAUCCCUGACCCCUCACAGUCUUCAUCCGUGACACCCACACCUUCCCCCACCCAACUCAACAGCCACUGCACCACACCGACACAUCCACCCUCACCCAACCAGCCCCAGCCCCAGAACCACUGUACCACACUCUCACCUAUAACCAGCCAACCCAGCAACCACUGCCUCCCCGUAUCACCCACUCAGACCCCCCCUGAGAAAGUUAGCCCACCUGGUCCAGAGACAACCCUUCCUACAGAGACUGCUGCACUGCCUCCUCUUGCCCAGCACCAGCCACCCCUUGCCCAGCACCAGCCACCCAACCUCAACUCUGCAGCUGGCACAACAGAACUUGCCCAGCACCAGCCACCCAACCCCAACUCUGUACCUGGCACAACGGGACCCUGCCCAGCUCAGGGCCAGCUGAAUGGAGCAUGUCCACCCAGGGAGCUGAACCCAGAGGUCCCUAAAUCCAUCGCCACCCCCACUAAGGCCCCUUCCUCCCCCCAGCCUCUCAUCAGCAGUCUGGAGGGCUCCCCCUCCUCAGAACCUCCUGUGCCUGGCUUCGCCACCCUGGGCCGGAGGCUUAUGCUGGGCACUGAGUCCCCAGGACCCCUGCAGCAUUACCCUGGCAUGGAGGGCAGUGCCAGUGGGCACUCUUCAGCCCCUGAGGGACAUGACACCCCCACCUUCCCCACCUCUGCCACUGGCUGCUGUGCCCAAUCUGCCCCCCAUCUGCCAUACUCGGGCUACACUGCUGUCACCAUCCCCCAGCCCCCACUCCCAGAGAAACGGCGGCAGUCUGCCCGGCCAGGAUCACCUAACGGCGGGGUGGGUACACUGAGGUCCUCCCUCUCACAGCACCAUGUCACCUUCUCUCCAAUGGUGGGGGAGAUGGCACCCCCUGCAGGCCAAGGAGAAGGAAUUAUAUCUCUGGAAGGAGAGAUGGCAGGCAGAGUCAGUGUUAAGUUUGUCCAGGACAGCUCACGCUUCUGGUACAAGCCUGGCAUCUCCAGGGACCAAGCCAUAGCUGCGCUGAAGGAGAGAGAACCAGGGGCGUUUCUUAUCCGGGACAGCAACUCCUUCCAGGGUGCCUAUGGCCUGGCACUGAAGGUGGCCAUCCCGCCCGCUAACGUCAACAACCACAGCAGCAAAGCCAAUCCAUUAGAGCAGCUGGUGCGACACUUCCUGAUUGAGACGGGCCCCCGUGGAGUGAAGAUUAAAGGGUGUCAGAAUGAGCCCCAUUUUGGGAGUUUGUCUGCAUUGGUGUACCAGCACUCCAUCACCCCAAUUUCUCUACCCUGUUCCCUACGGAUCCCAGAAAAAGAUCCCAUUGGAGAAAUGCAGGCGCUGCAGUCGACUGCCAGUAACAUGAGCACUGCUGCCGACCUGCUGAAACAGGGUGCAGCCUGCAACGUGCUCUACCUGAAUUCUGUGGAGACUGAGUCACUGACUGGACCACAGGCCAUCUCCAAGGCAACCGGAGCCACGCUGGCACGAAACCCCCAGCCAGCGGCCACAGUGGUCCACUUUAAAGUGUCUUCACAGGGUAUCACACUGACUGACAGCCAGCGCAGGGUGUUCUUCAGGAGACACUACCCAGUCAACAGUGUGACUUUCAGCAGUAUCGACCCCCAGGACAGGAGGUGGACUAAUUCAGACAGAACAACAUCUAAGGUGUUUGGGUUUGUAGCCAAGAAGCCAGGCAGCAUGGCAGAAAACGUGUGUCAUCUAUUUGCUGAGCUCGACCCGGAGCAGCCAGCCUCUGCCAUUGUCAACUUCAUCAACAAGGUGAUGUUAGGGCCGCAGCGCAGGUAGAAAACCAAGCCAAAGACCCGUCACCGGUGUUACACUGUCAACAGUGUUACAACUCCCAAAGAGGAGGCUUCAAAACAAAUGCUUUACAGACCCACAAAGCACCAUUGGCGGUGGCCUCUUCUCAAAGACUGAGUUUUGGAACCAAAAGGCUCAACAUUUCAAACAUGACUGGUAUUUUGAAUUAUAGUCCAAAUGUAAUAGUUGUUUAAAUGUCUAAUGUCUAAAAAUGCCUUAAAGGUCCAAUGCAGCCAUUUUUUUUUUUUUAUCUCAACAUCAAAUCAUUUCUGGGUAACAAUUAAGUACCUUAUUGUAAUUGUUUUCAAUUAAAAUUGUUUAAAAAAAAAUAUGUUUCUCAGCAAAGAGCAAUUUCUCAAGCAACAAUUUUGCUAGAACUGUCUGUGAGUGGUCUAAGCUGAAAACUGAAAAACUAGCUGUUAUUGGCAGAGAGGUUUGGAACUCUCUUAUUUGUCUAUUAACAAAUUAAUUGCCCUGUGAUGUCACCAGGCAGGCCAAAACUCGAUCCCACCAUAACAGGCGGAUAUUUCAAGGCGGUCCUUUCAAACAGCUCUUAAACUAAAAAGGCAUUUAUCAUUUUCACAGUAUUAUUCCAACCUCAGUGUGGAAAUACAUAUAAAACACAGGAAACCUAGUUUUUAACAGCACUGGGCCUUUAAUUUCCUAUUACCUUAAAGUUACCAAAGCCUUGUCGUCACUUGCUAGUAGGCUACAGUAGAAAGUAAAAGUGAAUGUGAGAAACGUCUAUUUGUAAUGUGCAAGGGAGAGAGUGUAUGUGGUUAGGGUAUCAGUGUGUGUAGAGGAUAGGGCACAGAUAUGGUCAGUACUAGAGAUAAUGGGGUAUUGUUAUGUUUUGUUCACAUGUACGUUCGUAUGAAUUGUACUCUAGAAAGAAAAGUUUGUAGUAACCAAGGAAUAAUGGUGUGCCGCACCAAUGCCGUCUCUAAUGUAUUGUAUUUAUACCUAUGGCUUUUCCUGUUAAGAGCAAUACACAAUAUUGCUGCGAAUAGUCAUUUUGUUCUAUUCCACAAUUUUUUUGUGGGUCAAUUAUCUAGAAUAUGGGGCAAAUACUAGUCCUUAUUAUACUGUAUAACAUUGAGAAAUGUAUUCAAACGUUAAAAACAAGACAAGAAUAAGUCACAAUAUCAAUGUAACUCCCACAUAUAUUUUUACCUGUAUGACUUUAUGUACAAAGUUAACACACAAAGCAGACAGUUGUCUAAGGUCCUAUGUACUUAACCAAAGACAGAGCACUCCUGUAUUAAGAUUUAAUCAUUCAUAUUUUUAAGCUUCAUGUAUUUGUAUUCUUAGUGUUUUGCAUUGUUUUUGUAAGAAAUAGAAAGACACUACUUUGUAUGACAGCGGUAAUAUAUUGUGGUCUGUUUUCUUAUUGAUCUUUAUAUGUAGUAAUAUAUUUUCUCACAUGCAGCUAGGAAAGGGAGGACAAAAGGAAACAUUUGUAAGAAAAUCUAUGUUAUAUGCUAUUUUUUAAGAAAGCUUUGUAUGCACAAAUGAAGAAUAUAAUAAAACAUUUAAAAAAGUUAAAA